CAAGAAAUGCCAGACCUUAACUGUACCUACAAACCGCCGCCAGUGAAGUGUAAUGGAUUUGAUCCCAGGGCUUUCCGCUGGGCUCAAACGAUGAGGCUGGCAGUUGAGGAGAGAGCUGCUAUGGCUGUACUAAACGGGAUGAGUGAAGAUGACUCUCCCAUGUGUAGCGGUGCUUCUCCACUCCUUGCUGUAAUUGGCGAAUCUGGUUCUGCUCAGUCCAUUGUGGUGUCAAGAAUCCUCCAGCCAUUCCGAAUCCCAAUGAUCAGUUACUUUUCUUCGUGUGCAUGUUUCACUGACAGAACAAAAUACCCUACCUUUUUCAGGGUAAUCCCUAAUGAUGAUUAUCAGGUGAAAGCAAUUGCUCAGCUGCUGGUACGCUUUAACUGGACUUGGGUGGGGGUGGUGCGAGGAGAUCAUGAAUAUGGCCGUUUUGCUGUGCAAGGCUUAAUGAGAGAACUACAGGGUACCAGCGUGUGUGUGGCAUACCAAGAAAUGAUUCCUCUGCUCUACAAUCAACAGAGGGCACUGGAGAUCAUGCAGGUAAUACGUAGCUCUUUGGCAAGAGUGGUGGUGGUAUUUUCAGCUGAAGGGGAAAUGACGCCUUUCUUGAGAGACUACAUGAAGCAGAACAUCACUGGAAUCCAGUGGGUGGCUAGUGAGGCCUGGGUCACAGCAUCUGUCUUUACAGGGAAAGAGUAUUACCCCUAUCUGGGAGGUACAGUCGGGUUUGGCAUCAGAAAAGGUUAUAUCUCAAGACUCAGCAACUACUUGGAAACAGUAAACCCACAGAGGUAUCCCAAUAAUAUGCUGGUAAAGGAGCUGUGGGAGGCUCUGUAUGGCUGUAGUCCUUCACUGUCUUCUGCCUCCCAGUUGCCACCUUGCUCAGGGCAAGAGUCGCCACUGAAGCAGCAUUCAGCCUACUUGAAUACAUCAAGCCCUAGAGUGGCCUAUAAUGUAUAUAAGGCUGUAUAUGCAAUUGCUCAUUCCCUGCACAACCUUCUCAUGUGUCAACCAGGCAGUGGGCCUUUUAAGAACCAGUCAUGUGCACAAAGUGACAAUGUACUGCCUUGGCAGCUCCAGUACUACCUGCAGGAAGUGAAAUUUAUCAUUGCUGGGGAAGAGGUAAACUUUGACUUGAAGGGUGACUCUAUACCCUAUUAUGAUAUUAUCAACUGGCAGAGAGGCACAAGCGGGAACAUUGAAUUUGUCAACGUGGGGCUGUUUGAUGGAACCAAACCUGUUGGAGAGGAGCUGGUGAUCCAGGAGGACAUGAUAAUGUGGGCAGGGGAUCAGAAUGCAAUAGAAUGCACAUUUUGUCCUGAGGACUUCUGGUCAAACAAAGACAGAACAGCCUGUAUCUCCAAAAAAGUAGAGUUUUUGGCCUAUGAUUCCUUGGGUAUAGCCCUGACAGUCAUUUCUGUGGUGGGGGCUUGUCUCACUAUAGUUGUUUUAGCAGUGUUCUUUUACCACAGAAACACAGCCAUUGUCCGUAUCAAUAACUCAGAACUUAGUUUCUUUAUCUUAUUUGCUUUAACACUGUGUUUCCUUUGUUCUCUGGUUUUCAUUGGAGAGCCAACAUUUUGGUCCUGCAUGCUGCGUCACACUGCCUUUAGCAUUACAUUUUCACUUUGCAUCUCCUGCAUCCUGGGAAAGACACUGGUGGUACUAGCUGCUUUCACUGCCACCCGUCCAGGGGAAAACAUCAUGAAGUGGCUGGGACCCAAGCAGCAGAGGGCCAUUAUCUUCAGCUGCACUCUUGUUCAAGUAGUUAUCUGUGGUGCUUGGCUCAUUGAUGCACACCCUUAUCCUUCACGAAAUACUAAAUACGAACGCUCAAAGAUCAUAUUGGAGUGUAGUGUAGGAUCAACCCUUGCAUUCUGGUGUGUUUUAGGAUAUAUUGGUCUCCAAGCCUGUCUCUGCUUUGUACUGGCAUUUCUGGCACGUAAGUUGCCAGGCAACUUCAAUGAGGCCAAGUUUAUCACUUUUAGCAUGCUGAUCUUCUGUGCUGUGUGGCUGGCAUUUAUUCCUGCUUAUAUCAGCUCCCCUGGAAAUUAUGCAGAUGCAGUUGAAUCAUUUGCCAUUUUGGCUUCUAGCUUUGGUUUGCUGUUUUGUCUGUUUGCUCCAAAGUGUUACAUAAUUUUAUUAAAGCCAGAAAAAAAUACAAAACAGCACCUAAUGGGGAAAGAAAAGAAGUAA